CCUACUGUAUGUUCAGGAUGAUUGGGAUUUAUCAGACUUCUUAUUUCAUUUUCUUAUUUGCUUCUGUUUACAGUGAAUGUGUGACUCAGAUCUAUGAAGAUACAUACUUCCAAGGAGGAGAUCUCACUACAGUUUUUACACCAAGUGCCAAUUACUGCCAAGUAGUGUGUACUUACCAUCCUACCUGUCUGCUCUUCACGUAUUUGCCAGCGACAUGGACUAAAGAGCCUGCAAAAAGGUUUUCCUGCUACUUAAAAGACAGUGAAACAGAAAUGCUGCCGAAAGUGGAUAUGGAAGGAGCUAUGUCUGGACAUUCCUUAAAACAGUGUGAUGUCCAAAUUAGUGCUUGCAGCCCAGAUGUCCUCAUAGGACUGGAUAUGGAAGGGCAAAUUUAUGAUGUUACAAUGACUGACAGCUACCAACAGUGUCAAAAAAGAUGUACCAAUGACAAUCGUUGUAAUUUUUUUACAUAUGCCUCAGAAACAUUUCAUGAUGCAAGCCUUCGUAAAAAAUGCUUCUUGAAACAUACCAAUGUAGGAACUCCAACCAGCAUAAAGGUGCUUGAUGAGGUUGUGUCUGGAUUCUCUUUAAAGCCAUGCCAGCUUUCUGAAAUAGAUUGUCAAAUGGACAUUUUUGAAGAUCAAGAAUUUUCAGGAAUGAAUAUUACAAGUUUUUUCACUCCUGAUAUCUCUGUCUGCCAAACUAUUUGUACAUAUUUUCCAAAGUGCUUGUUCUUCACAUUCUUUACCAGGGAAUGGCAAAUAAAAUCGCAAAGAAAUCUUUGUGUUCUGAAGACAUCAACAAGUGGGAUACCAGAAGCGCUUAUAUCACGAGAAAAUGCUGUAUCAGGCUUUGGUCUCCUAAAUUGCAGAAGAUCAUUUCCUGCCUGCAAUUCUCGCACAUAUAUGCAUAUGAAUUUUUUGGGUGAUGAACUCAAUGUCACUUACACUAAAGGACACAGAGCCUGUCAGCAGGUUUGCACAGAUGUGAUCCGCUGCCAAUUUUUUACCUACUAUCCCCUGCAAGAUUCAUGCAAUGAGGAAAGAAAGUGCAAGUGUCACCUAAGGAUGUCCUUGAAUGGAUCUCCAGUGGAAAUAGUACAUGGGCCAGGAAGGAUCUCUGGAUACUCACUAAGGUUAUGUAAAAAAAAAUCUAGUACUGUGUGUAUGCAACAUUCUGCAAGAACUAUUAGGAUUGUUGGAGGGACAGACUCUUCCCCUGGUGAAUGGCCAUGGCAAGUCAGCUUGCACGUGAAGUUGUCUCGUCAGAGACACCUCUGCGGGGGCUCUAUCAUCAGCAGCCAGUGGAUUCUUACAGCUGCUCACUGCGUCAUGAGUCUUGAGAAUCCCAACAUUUGGCGUGUUUAUGCUGGUAUUUUAAAACAAUCAGAAAUAAAAGAGGAUACGCCCUUCUUCAAAGUGGAAGAGAUUAUUGUUCAUCCUCAGUAUAAAUACGCACAGACUGGAUAUGACAUUGCUUUAAUGAAACUUGAUAAGCCUAUGAAUUUUACUGAUCUUCAACUACCUAUUUGCCUGCCAUCAAAAGAAGACAGUAACAUACUUUAUAAUGACUGUUGGGUAAUUGGAUGGGGUUACAGAAAAGAAAAAGGUCGUGUACAAGAUAUUCUUCAGAAGGCUACUGUUCCCCUCAUGUCGAAAGAGGAAUGCCAGGCAAGGUACCGGAAACACAGAAUCGGGGACAAAGUAAUCUGUGCUGGCUAUGAUGAAGGUGGAAGGGAUGCUUGUAAGGGAGAUUCAGGAGGGCCGCUGUCAUGCAAGCACGAGGAGGUGUGGUAUCUGGUGGGCAUCACCAGCUGGGGUGAAGGGUGUGCUCGCCGCAGGCAGCCGGGUGUCUACACAAAAGUUGCUGAGUAUUCAGACUGGAUUUUAGAAAAAACUACAUAGCAUGGGAGUGACCAACUGGUUCAAAGGGAGGUAGUGGAAAAGUAAACCUAGAAGCAAUGUGAUAAAGUGUAUUAGCUUUUUUUAAAUGGUAUUUCUUGUUAGCCUGGAACGUAAAAGACUUGAUUAAAAAAGUAGAAAGCAAGAAUGAAUGAACUUUGCCAUUACCAAAUAAAAAGCAGUAAUAAAAAUAAGCUCUGUGGUCACUGAUUUGGCAGGAAAAAAAAAAAAGAAUAUAUCUGAACUAUUGAUUUCUUCUGUCCUUGCUAGCAUAAAAUGGGAGUAGAAAAGGUUGCAAGGCAUGUACGGAUUGGGAGCUGUGAACUGCUUCUGACUCCUGAGGUUUGGACAUAGUAAUAGAGAUUUCCCUUCCUUGUCUGAAUUUGGUUGAAAUGGACCAACCGGUUACAAAAUUACUAAGGGGCUUGCAAAAAGGAAGCUGAGGCAAAAAGAAGCCUAUACAGUUGUAUAAACCUCAUUUCUUCAUGAAUUCGCCAAAAACUGACAGUACUAAUUGAGAAAACAAAACCAGAGGCCGAAGCAAGCUCUCCAGCAACAAUUUUGCAAGUAUGGUAACAGUGCCGUCUUUCACUUAUAUUGUUCUAAUUUCUGUGGAAACUUCUGUGGCAAGAAUGGUAAUGUGGGUCUAAUUCACUUGAAGCAGAAUAUCCAGAAAGUCAAUAAAAGAAUCACCCCUUCUAGGGACAUCAUAUGUCAUUGCUCUUUAGCACAAGAUAUUUUUAUUUUCCAGAAUCCUAGCUCUCCUUCAUUAAAG